AUGGAAUGUGAAGAGGACCAGAUGAUGGCUACAGCAACCACCUGUGCCAAUCCACCAGCUGUCGUGGAUCAAAGCACCCGUUCUCCUGAACCUCGUCUACCACCACCAGCCUUUUAUUCCGGGGAGCCCCAGUUGUGUCGCUCAUUUUUGGCUAAAUGCUCCCUCUAUAUUUCUCUUCAACCGUCAUUAUUUACCACCGAGGAGUCUAAGAUAGCAUUCAUUAUAACUCUGCUCACAGGACGAGCAGCUAGCUGGGGAACCACCGUGUGGGAACAGAGCCUUCCGUGCUGUGCCUCCUUCCAAGCAUUUUCGGAGGAGCUGAAGAAGGUAUUUGAUUGCGCUGUUUAA